CUGCGGCCACUUUUGGCUGCUGCCGGCCACCGUCUCGGCGCUGCAGCGCGCGCGGGGGCUAGAGGCGGGGCGCAACAGCUGUGAUGGCGGAACCUGGCUGAGGCUGCGUAGCGCCUGGCGGAGGAAUAUUAUCCAAGCAGAGUUAAACCUUGAUGAAAAAGAUGCCUGCUGCCUGUGAUUCUGUGCUUGAAGACAUUGAAGAUAUUGUGUCAGCAGAAGACUUGAAACCACAUGAUCGGCAAUUUGUAAGGAAGAAUGUUUUUCCAAAAGUACGAAAACGCAAUUCACAAAAAAAUAAUCAGACAGAUGAUGAUCCCCCAAGUGACAGCAUUAUUCCUGGUGCUCAGAAAAUCUGGAUUCGUACAUGGGGAUGUUCUCACAAUAAUUCGGAUGGUGAAUAUAUGGCUGGACAGCUGGCUGCAUAUGGAUACAAAAUUACAGAAAACUCUGCUGAAGCAGAUUUAUGGCUGCUGAACAGUUGUACAGUAAAAAAUCCUGCUGAGGACCACUUCAGAAACUCAAUCAAGAAAGCCCAACAAGAGAAGAAGAAAGUGGUUCUAGCAGGCUGUGUGCCACAAGCCCAACCUCGUCAGGACUAUCUAAAAGGCUUGAGUAUUAUAGGGGUUCAGCAGAUAGAUCGUGUAGUAGAAGUUGUGGAGGAAACUAUUAAAGGUCAUUCUGUGAGACUGCUGGGUCAGAAAAAGGAUAAUGGAAAACGUCUGGGGGGAGCACGACUGGAUUUGCCAAAGAUUAGGAAGAAUCCACUGAUAGAAAUAAUUUCCAUCAAUACAGGGUGUCUCAAUGCAUGUACCUACUGCAAAACUAAGCAUGCCAGAGGAGAUCUAGCAAGUUACCCAGUUGAAGAACUAGUGAACAGAGCAAAGCAGUCUUUUCAAGAGGGUGUUUGUGAGAUAUGGCUGACCAGUGAAGACACAGGGGCUUAUGGCAGAGACAUUGGCACAGACCUCCCUACGCUUCUGUGGAAGCUGGUUGAAGCUAUUCCUGAGGGAGCUAUGCUGAGGCUUGGCAUGACGAACCCUCCCUAUAUUUUAGAGCAUCUGGAGGAAAUGGCAAAGAUUCUCAAUCAUCCAAGGGUGUAUGCUUUUCUGCAUAUACCUGUCCAGUCAGCCUCUGAUAGUGUGCUUAUGGACAUGAAAAGAGAAUACUGCGUGGCAGACUUCAAACAAGUAGUGGAUUUCCUUAAAGCAAAAGUGCCUGGAAUAACAAUUGCUACAGAUAUCAUCUGUGGUUUUCCAGGAGAGACUGAUGAAGAUUUUCAAGAAACAGUGAAACUUGUAGAACAGUACAGAUUUCCAAGCUUGUUUAUUAAUCAAUUUUACCCACGCCCCGGAACCCCAGCUGCAAAAAUGCAUCAAGUGCCAGCUGCAGUGAAAAAACAGCGAACAAAGGAUCUGUCCCAGCUGUUUCAUUCAUACAGUCCAUAUGAUCAUAAGGUUGGUGAGAGGCAGAGAGUUCUGGUAACAGAAGAAUCCUUUGAUUCCAAUUACUAUGUUGCUCACAAUCCUUUCUAUGAGCAGGUUCUUGUACCAAAGGAUCCUUUGUUAAUGGGUAAAAUGGUAGAAGUGAAUAUUUAUGAAGCUGGGAAACAUUUCAUGAAGGGGCAACCAGUGUCAGAUGCCAGAGUUUACACUGCAUCCAUCACUAGGCCGUUAGCAAAAGGAGAAGUUUCUGGUUUAACAGGGGAGUUCAGACAUGCACCACAGAAUGGCACAAACUGGAAAGCUCACCCUUCUGCUGAGAUCCCAAUGAAAACACCACUCGGCUCAUGGAUGGCUUUGCAGCUCCCAUGGCAACAAGAAGGAGGUGGACUGAAGAUCCUGUCUGUCAGCCUGGCUCUUCUGGCAGCCCUUGUUAUGUUUUACUAUGGUGGAAUGAAAACAGAACUGUGAACUGAAUGAGGGUUUUAUGAAAACAAUAAAACUGCUGUUUAAAAUCUUCAAAGGAAACAUUUUUGCCAACAACUCCUUUUCUUUUUUUUUUUUUUGUUAAAAAAGCUAUUUUAAAUUGAGCAAUAAUUUGUACUCACCCUAUGCCUUUCCUGUCAUUUGUAGGAGGGAAUAUUAAUAACCCCUAGGGAGACCUCUCUUGCUAAAUUUGAGAUCCUUGUUUGGCAGAACAGUUUGUUGCAUCUUUCUUCCUUUUUUUCUAAAGUGGUGCAAUGUUUGCAUUGCUUACUCAUAACUGCUGUAGCGGGUAAAAUUGCAUGUAGUUUAUGAGAAAUAUUUCUAUUGAGUGAUAUUGGUGAUCUUUUAUGGGCAGAACAUUUAAAGCUUUCUUAAAGAUUUUGCUUAGUGCAGUUAUGGUUUGAUAUGUGUCUUUUUACAUUAGAAUCAAACUGCUGGGCCAUUAAAGUUUGUCAUUUGUUGCUGUUUAUUUUGCUGUCAUGUCUGAAAGAAUUUUUGCCCUGCUCUUUUGCCUCUCUCAAAUUCACAAUGAGUUACUAUGCUGUGUUAAUAGAAUGAGAAUUAUUUUUUACUUAUAAAUAGUUUUAAAGAUACUGCUUUUUUUAUCAUUGAAUGGUAAUAUGGAGUUCUGGUGGUAGAGAUCUGUUAAAAGAUGGAUUUAAUACUAUAUAGAUUUAGUGUAAUGCUCAGAGAA